GAGGGCGGUGACCGUAUCGCUCCCCCUCUUCUUCCCAUGGUAGUGUAGACUGCUCCAGACCUCUCUUUCGCCUGCUACCGGCUCCCAACUAAUCCUCCGUCUCCUCUCGGAGAUUGUCGCCGCUCACAAGGGUGCUCUGAUCUGUCCCCGGAAGGCUGCUCGACGAGUGUUCACGACUUGGGUGGCGUGCGGGCGUAGCCAGAAGGCGGCGGGCCGAGAAAGCUAGCUCCCUUCGCUGAGGACCGGGAGGCGGAGCCAGUCGUGCUCGGUGAUGCGGAUGGGUGGCCGCCUGGUGCUUUGAUGGAAGCGGCUUUUGGGAUUCUUGGUGUCGAUAUAUGGAGGUGAAGCCCUCGGUUCCCCGUGGGGUGUCGUCGGGGCCAGCAUUUCCCUUGUCGGUCCUCCUUGCGGUCGUCUCUCUUGAGAUUGUUUUGCUUCUCGUGAUCUUUGGAGGAACUGGUGCCAAACCUCAAGACAGUAAGCCGCCGUUUUGGCAAGAUACCGAGGCUGGGGAAAAUGUGGUUCAUCUCACGCACUCUUGCAUCCAUGAUGAGAUACUCCAUCGAAGGCGGCGCCCUGGUCGGAAAGAAUACUCGGUCACUCCACAAGUUUAUCACGAGUCUAGUUUGUCAAGAUCACAUCACCAUGGUGGAAGAGCUUUGCUUGAGGUGUCUUCUGUAUCUCCAUUGCAAAAGGAUACAAAACAGCCUAUCCGUAUAUACUUAAACUAUGAUGCUGUUGGACAUUCUUCUGAUAGAGAUUGCCGAAAUGUUGGAGAUCUUGUGAAGCUUGGUGAACCACCCGCGACAUCUAUUUCGAGAACCCCUGUGUGCAACCCGCAUGGAGAUCGGCCAGUAUUUGCAGAUUGUUGGUACAACUGCACGGUGGAGGAUAUUUCUGGGGAGGAUAAAAAGCAACGCCUUCGGAAGGCACUAGGGCAAACAGCAGAGUGGUUUAGAAGAGCUUUAGCUGUUGAACCUGUCAAGGGAAACCUGCGGUUAAGUGGAUAUUCUGCAUGUGGACAGGAUGGUGGAGUGCAACUCCCCCAUGAAUACAUUGAAGAUGGUGUUGCUGAUUCGGACCUGGUUCUCUUAGUAACUACUAGACCCACAACUGGGAACACUCUUGCAUGGGCAGUGGCAUGCGAGCGAGAUCAAUGGGGUCGUGCAAUUGCAGGUCAUGUAAAUGUCGCACCUCGUCAUUUAACGGCAGAAGCAGAAACAUUGCUUUCAGCAACUUUGAUACAUGAGGUCAUGCAUGUUUUAGGUUUUGAUCCUCAUGCCUUUGCACACUUCCGUGAUGAGAGAAAAAGAAGGCGAAGCCAGGUCACUGUACAAGUUAUGGACGAGAAGCUUGGACGUAUGGUAACACGCAUCGUCCUGCCCCGAGUUGUUAUGCGUGCUAGAUACCAUUAUGGGGCAUUUUCUGAAAAUUUUACUGGCUUAGAGUUGGAAGAUGGAGGAGGUCGUGGUACAUCAGGUUCUCAUUGGGAGAAAAGACUUCUAAUGAAUGAAAUUAUGACAGGAUCUGUGGAUACAAGAUCUGUAGUUUCAAAAAUGACUUUGGCUUUAUUAGAGGAUAGUGGAUGGUACCAGGCUAAUUAUAGCAUGGCGGAUCGACUAGAUUGGGGUCGGAAUCAAGGAACUGAAUUUGUUACAUCUCCUUGCAAUCAUUGGAAAGGGGCAUACCAUUGCAACACCACUCAGUUGUCGGGCUGCACGUACAACAGGGAGGCAGAAGGGUAUUGUCCUAUAGUAAGCUAUAAUGGGGACUUGCCAAAAUGGGCUCAAUAUUUCCCACAGGCAAAUAAAGGGGGGCAAUCAUCAUUGGCUGACUAUUGCACAUAUUUUGUUGCUUAUUCUGAUGGUUCAUGCACAGACACAAAUAGUGCACGUGCACCUGAUAGAGCAUUAGGUGAGGUCCGAGGAAGUAAUUCCAGGUGCAUGGCCUCAUCAUUGGUGCGAACAGGUUUUGUUAGGGGAUCCAUGACUCAGGGAAAUGGUUGUUAUCAACAUAGGUGUAUGAACAAUACACUAGAGAUUGCUGUGGAUGGUAUCUGGAGGAUGUGUCCUGAAGCUGGUGGUCCUGUUCAAUUCCCAGGAUUCAAUGGUGAGCUGAUCUGCCCAGCAUAUCAUGAAUUGUGCAGCAGUACACCAGUGCCCAUAAAUGGCCGCUGUCCUGGCUCCUGUAGUUUCAAUGGUGAUUGCAUUAAUGGGGAGUGCCACUGCUUUCUUGGGUUUCAUGGCAAUGACUGCAGCAGAAGAUCAUGUCCAGGAAAUUGUAGUGGACAUGGUACGUGCCAUCCAAAUGGUAUCUGUGAAUGCGAAAGUGGCCGUACGGGCAUUGACUGCUCCACUGCUAUAUGUGAUGAGCAGUGCAGUUUGCACGGAGGAGUAUGUGACAAUGGUGUCUGCGAGUUCCGUUGUUCUGAUUAUGCAGGCUAUACUUGCCAGAACAGCUCAUCAUUGCUGCCUAGCCUUUCAAUUUGUAGUGAUGUGCUUGCCCGAGAUGUAUUUGGACAACACUGUGCACCAAGUGAACCCAGCAUACUGCAGCAGCUUGAAGCAGCUGUAGUAAUGCCUAACUACAACCGGUUGCUGCCAGGUGGGCGGACACUGUUUAACAUCCUUGAUAAUGGCUAUUGUGCUGCUGCAGCGAAGCGGCUCGCAUGCUGGAUUUCAAUCCAACGUUGUGACGAGGACGGAGACAAUAGACUUCGGGUGUGCCACUCUGCGUGCCGGUCGUAUAAUGCGGCAUGCGGGGCAGGUCUUGACUGCUCGGACCAAACUCUUUUCAGCAGCGAGGAGGAAAAGGAUGGGCAGUGCACAGGCUACGGUGAGAUAAGACCGUGGUGGAUAAGACGCUUUGGGAAUCUGUAUUUGCAAAGCCAGCGGAAAUUGUAAAGCUUUAGUUUUGAUGAUUGUAUCUCUUUUGUCCGUCAUUUUUCACUCAACCUUUCUAUUUUAGGACCAGUGGCACCUGUAAUUUGCGUGCCAAAGCUUAGGGCCUGAUUUCACCCAGGCAGAGGGAAUCCUUGAAGAAGGGGAUUCAUGGGUGUUUUGUCUUUAUGAUAUAGAGUUGGGUUUGUUCUAAGAAUUAGCCCAACGAACAGUUAAAAUGUGGCGAGGAUGGAGUAAAAAUGGGAGGAGAGGGUGGAAACGAUUUGUUGUAUUUGUUAUUACCCUGUUCCUAUCCUUUGGAAAUGAUGUGCCAUUUUCUCCUCA